CUGAGAUUGGCGGGUAACCUAGCAACGCAGGUACCUCCGGAGGUAACGUUAGGUAGAAAAACCUGGAGCUCUCAGAGCAGGAAAAUAGAGGCAGGAGGCCUGUCUAGUCUGUCAAAGUCUCCCAGGGCCCACAAAGACCAAGAAGGCUGCUGGUAACAUGGCGUUAGACAUCCUGGCCGUGGGCGCCCUCUACCAGGGCCCGGACAUCAACAAAAUGAGGGGGAUAGCAGAGUCACCCAAAAAGACAACUUCCGCACCAAAACCCUUCGCCCCCUUGAAGACCAAGCUCACCACCAUCGAGACCAAGAGGAUCAUGUCCGUGCUGGAUGAGACCAUCCAAAAGGUGGAGUUGGUGACGCUGCUGUCCUCCGUGGCAGCCAACAUGGAGGACCUGGAGGGCCUGCUGGGCGAGGACCUCACCAGGGCAGUGCGGGAGCACGAGGACCUGUGCCAGGUCCUCAUGGACAAGGUCAACUACCUGCAGGAGGAGGAGAUGCAGCUGCAGGCCGAGGAGGAGUUCGAGGAGGAAGCCUGGUUCCGAGACCUCCUCCUGUCCAUCGAGCUGCAGAAAUCCAACCUCCUGCCAGUCAUGGGGCAGAUCAAAGACUCCACCAAGAACAUCCUGAGACUCCUGCUCAGCAACCCGCAGGUGGCCCAGCUCCUGCGGGUGCAGGCGCAGGACAGGGGCCCGGGAGCCCAGGGCUUCAUCGACAGCCUGGUGGAGCUCCGCGGCUUCCUGUUUGAGAAGCUGCUCACCAGCCCCAUGGAAGCCAGAGACAAGACCCAGUUCAUCCAGGACAUCACCAAGCGGAACAUGAGGAACCAGGAGGUCAUCGAUGCGCUGGAGAACGAACUGGCCGAGAGAAUGAAGAACAGGGCUGCAGAGGUGGAGAAGGAGAACUUUGUGAUCCAGGAGCUGAAAAACCACCUGCACCAGGUGCUCAAGUUCUCGGAGAACAGCCUGCUCCGCACCAAGCAGGAGGCGGAGAAGCAGCAGAAGGCGGACUAUCGGGCCUCGCAGGCCCGGGUGGCCAAGAUCCAGCAGGACAUCCUGCAGCUGCGCUCGCAGUUCCACAGCCUGGUCAUGGAGAACCGGGAGGCCGAGCAGGCGCUCAGGAAGAAAAAAUAUAAAGUGGAGACGGAAAUCGAGAACUGGAUCCAGAAAUACGAUACGGAGAUGAGCGAAAAGCAGGACGAGUACGAGGAGCUGGACAUCAUCCACAAGGAGGAGAAGAUCCAGCUGGAGGAGCUGCAGCAGAGGUACGAGGUGCUGGUGGAGGAGUUCGCCCAGAUCCGGGAGGAGCGGGAGAUCAACUCCAAGAAGAGGAUGGAGGCCGAGCAGGAGAUGAUGCGCAUGGUGAGGGCGGCCACGCUCAUCCAGGCCGUGUGGAAGGGCUACCUGGUCCGCUCCCUGCUCAGGUCCAAGAGGAAGAAACGGGGCAAGGGCAAAGCCAAGAGCGAGAAGGGCAAGGGCAAGGGCAGGAAAUGAGCGCCUCCGCCAGCCCUGCUCUGAUCCCCAGCACCGCCCCCUCCCAGAGAGCCGGCCAGGGAGCCGCUGGGACCAGGAAGCCCCUGGGACCAGGAAGCCCGGCCAUCAUGGCUUUCAUACCUUUUUCAAAAUUAAAAGCCAUUUUAAACCA